AUGGAGAACGCCGAGCACCAAGUCGUCCUCCUCGCCACGGAGAUCCGCCGCAUCGAGCAGGGCGGCGCGUCCGUCAUCGACUACUUCGGGCGCCUCAAGGAGUGCGCCGACCGGCUCGCUGACCUCGGCGAGAUAGUGCCGGACCGCGACCAAAUUCUCAACAUGUUUCGCGGCCUUCACCCUCGUCUCCGGUACGCCAUCCCCAUCCUCACGACGCAGACGCCAUUCCCUACCUUCCUCCGCUGCCGCGCCUUUCUGCUUCUUGAACAGAGCCGCCUGACCCCCGACUUCACCCACGAGACGGCGCUUCACGCCGCUCGCGCUCCUCCUCCACCGAGCUCCAACAGCGGCAACAACAACCGCCGCAACGGCUCCGGCGGAGGUGGCGGCCGCAAUCGCGGCAAAGGGAAGGCGCUGGACAACUCCGGUGGCUCGCCGCACGGCGGGGCGUCCUCCAUCCGCGGCCCCGCGCCGCCUGCACCGGUCAGCACCACGCCCUGGACCGGCAUGGUGCACGCCUGGCCGAUGCCGUGGCGUCCUCAUGCACCGGGCGCUGGUGUCCUUGGGCCACGGCCAGGCGGGCCCGCGCCGUUCGCCGGUGCCACCACACACUACGGCGCGCCCUACCCCGUCGCUGCUGGCGCCCCUCCGCCGCAGUGGCACCCUGGCGCCGUCCCUGUCCCCGUCCACCCGCCAUACAGCGCGCCGAUCGGCAUGCCCUCAACAACCCGGUGCCGCCACACACUGAUCCAGCCCGGCGUGGGAUCAGUCCGCUCUGGUGCAUGCCCUCAACAACCUGCACGUCCAGCAGCAGCAGCAGCCCGCGCCAUCCGCCGAAUGAAACUUGCUCGUGAAAACCCUGUUAACGUCGAGUUUGACGAUUUUGGUUGUUCUGUCAAGGAUCGAAGGACGAGGCGGGUGAUCCUCCGAUGUAACGACUCCGGCGACGAGCUCUACCCCGUGUCCCAGCCCACCCAGCACCAUGCUCUCACCGCGGUCACCACUGACGUCUGGCACCAGCGGCUUGGUCAUCCGGGGCACGACUCCCUCGCCCAUCUGCUUCGCUCCUCGGGGCCAUCACAGCUCAUGGCGCUCCGUCGUCUUCCUGUAAAGCCUGUCAAUUAG